UUGCUUGAGCAUGGUCAUGUGUGCUAAUCUCUGCAUGUCGACAGCUUAAACACACACUUGUUUCAGUGUUAAAUAUUAAUGAAGGAAGCAGACUUGUUCAUAGAAAUUAAUUCUUCAAGAACAAUUGUUGACAACAAACAGGAUGUGAUCGAGUUUAUCAAGCAAAAGUUUUACUGAUAUUUUUGUGUGGACUUUAUCAAAUGCUUUUUUUAUAAUGAGUUCCAAGGUCAGUGCAAACAAGAUGCCUGCCAGCCAGGACCCUCGGUCCUACGUGAAGCCUGUGCCCCUGCCAAUUCCAGCAUGCAAGGGUCUUCGACUCCUGGCACGCGACACCAUCCACUUCAACCCCGAGUUCCCAACUCGCGAGGAUGUGCGUAAGAGCAACUACAAGCGACGGCAGUUCCAGAUGGCAUGCACAGGGUUCAAGGCUGCCAACCAUAAGCCGUAUAUCGGGAUUGGGGACCCGUUUUACCUGGAUCAGAAGAAGAUGAUACUGCACGCCCUGGGACAGUGGUCAGAGGACCAGGCAAGCUCCUCCAGCAGUUCCGAGGAGUCCGACACAGAGGAUCACGCUUCUGACGACGUGCCAAAGCCUGCAUUUACAGCUGCAAAGUUUGUUCUGCGUAGAUCAAGAAAGGACCUGAAUACCUUGAAUAAGGCUGUUGUACAUGGCAGGAAUAUGAUUAGAAAUGUCAGCCUCGGGCAUGGCCUGUUUGACUUGAUCCACAAAGAGAAAGAAAGCAAAAAACUUGAGAAGGAAGAGGCUCUGCGUCUACAGCAGGAGGCUCUCCGCAAUGAGUUUCAGCCCCCCAAGGCAGCCAGUGAUGAUGAGACGGAUGAAGACUUGGAGACAGAUGUGGACCUAACCAGCUACAUGGUCGCAGUGGCCCCCCCUGCCUUCCUAACGCAGCAGCAGGUGGAUACAGACAAGGAGCUUGGUAUCGUCAAUGACAACGCCUCCGACUCCGAUCAGAGUCCAGAACGGGAGCCGGCCUUCCAGACUUUCACGGGGAUGGUCCUGCAGGCUGAGGAAGAGGAGUACCAACGUGCACGCUCAGCCGUGGUGGCCUCUCAGAUGACCUCCAUGUAUUCACGGCCUGUCAGUCAGCGGCGAAAGAAGCAGGAGACGCCCCGCCCCUACACCCCCCAGCACACAAAUAUAUCUGUCAACAUGUCCGCACGAACCGAUCUCAUGUCAGCAGAGAAUGAGCACGAGUUUGACAUUACCAAGGAUGCACUGUUCCGUCAGCUGUGUGUUCUACAUUGGAUCCUAGAGGCCAUGAGUACAGACCCCCCGUCAGCCAUGACGCCCAUCAUGUCAUGCUGGAGUCUCACGCUGCAUCAUGUUGCUCGGUCAAAUGCAAGCAGUGAAAUAGGUGGAUCUCGUGCCCAGCAGAGAAAGCUGUUGAAAGACAAGGCAGUGGAAUCAAGCUGGGAGAAGUUCAGCAAGGAGACCACUAAGUCGAGUCACCAGGUGUUUCUGGCCAAGGUGGGUAAGCGGCUAAGUGCGGCGCGCGGUACUCGUGGAGCACAUGGGCGCCGACAGCUCCAUGUCCCCGGGAGAGGGUCGGCGCAGUCCUCUGCAAACGCCAGCCAGCUUGGCAGCUCUCAAGGUUUGAACUCAGGAGGCGGCCAGGUGGCGUCCCUGGCAGUACGUAACCACGGAGACGAAGGUCUGUCGACAACAGUGGAGCAGGAGGAGGACCCAGCAACUAACCAGAGUAUAUUCAAGUUCCUCGAUGAGUACUAUGAGAGUCUUAAGAAAGAGGAGGAGAAGGAGAAGCAGGCAGGGGCCCGGUCUCCUGCCUCCACCCCAUCCUCCUCUCCUACACCUGCCAGCAAACAGCAAACAGAAGAAAAGAAGAAAAAGAAAAGGAAAAAGUCCAAAACACGGGAGGAAUCAGCUUUUGACAAGCGGUCAGACAGCCGUGGUACUGGAGACGGGGACAGGAGGACCUCGAGAGCUGUACGGGCCACACCACACAUCAUCAGGGGGAAAUCGUCUCCUGCAUUGCUGGAGUUCCAGAUGACCAAGCCAAGCAACAAGAAGGGCCUGCUGACAGCCGACCUGCACAACCAGUUUGCAGAGUGCAGGGAGGAGAGAGCCCUCACCCUCCAUGACAUCCUGGACCACAAGGAGAGUCAGAGGUUGGCUGUAUGCAAGAGCAAGUUCAUCAGCCUGCAGGGCAUGCGUCACGGGAGCAGCUUCCAUCGUGCAGUCCAGGACAUGCGCACCGAGUCCUGGCAGAGGCUGCGUAAACCAAUUGAGGAUCGUAAGAAGUCCUCGGCUAAAGGAAACUGGUACACAGACCUGCUGGACAAGAUCCCUGAGGAGUUGAAGAAGGAAUGGUACUACGGGAAAAUACUCCAGAAACUGGCUAACUUUGGUCUGGUUGAGGGUUCAGGCAAGCAAAGUAUCUACAAGUUCAUCAAGGUGCUAGAGGGCCUGCGUGAAUGGGAGAUCUGCAGCCCCGACAUCACAGCGGCCAUAGAGUUCUGUAGGGAGCACAUCGUGGAGAUGACCGUGGAGGAGUAUGAGUCCUGGUUCUCACAGCGCUUCCCGCGCAUAACCCGCCCCCAGACCGCCCCGCCCGCCACUGCCGCCAAGCCUGACAGGGACGUGAGGCUGGAGACUGCUGACAAACUGCGGCCCAAUGCCCCAAAGAGACCCACACAGUCUGCCUUUGUGAGAAGGGCCACACAGAAAUGAGAUUGCUUGGCCUGAUGUUUGUACUCACAGUUGAUAGUAUGCUCAUUUUCAUGCCUCGGUUGCAUAUUAGCCUCAUUCUGGGAAAUCUGGGCUUAAAACUGGUACCCAGUGUGGCUUGCCAGAUAAGUCUGUGCUGGCUGCACAUGCUAAUACUGGUACACAGUUUGGCUUGCCAGAUAAGUCUGUGCUGUCUUAAUACUGGUACACGGUGUGGCUUGCCAGAUAAGUCUGUGCUGUCUGCACAUGCUAAUACUGGUACACGGUGUGGCUUGCCAGAUAAGUCUGUGCUGUCUGCACAUGCUAAUACUGGUACACGGUGUGGCUUGCCAGAUAAGUCUGUGCUGUCGGCACAUGCUAAUACUGGUACACAGUGUGGCUUGCCAGAUAAGUCUGUGCUGUCUGCACAUGCUAAUACUGGUACACGGUGUGGCUUGCCAGAUAAGUCUGUGCUGUCGGCACAUGCUAAUACUGGUACACGGUGUGGCUUGCCAGAUAAGUCUGUGCUGUCUUAAUACUGGUACACGGUGUGGCUUGCCAGAUAAGUCUGUGCUGUCUUAAUACUGGUACACGGUGUGGCUUGCCAGAUAAGUCUGUGCUGUCUGCACAUGCUAAUACUGGUACACGGUGUGGCUUGCCAGAUAAGUCUGUGCUGUCGGCACAUGCUAAUACUGGUACACGGUGUGGCUUGCCAGAUAAGUCUGUGCUGUCGGCACAUGCUUAUACUGGUACACGGUGUGGCUUGCCAGAUAAGUCUGUGCUGUCUGCACAUGCUAAUACUGGUACACGGUGUGGCUUGCCAGAUAAGUCUGUGCUGUCUGCACAUGCUAAUCAGGGACAACACUUUCUCGGUUUUCCCUAAGAAGAAACUUCAUUUAAAUGAAAAAUACAAUACAUGGUAAAAAUGUUGUUCCUGAUAAGCCUGUGCAUACUGCACAUGCUACUCUUGGACAACACUUCAGGCUUAUGCAUACUGCACAUGCUACUCUUGGACGACACUUCAGGCUUAUGCAUACUACACAUGCUACUCUUGGACAACACUUCAGGCUUAUGCAUACUGCACAUGCUACUCUUGGACGACACUUCAGGCUUAUGCAUACUACACAUGCUACUCUUGGACAACACUUCAGGCUUAUGCAUACUGCACAUGCUACUCAUGGACAACACUUUAGGCACAUGCAUACUACACAUGCUACUCUUGGACAACACUUCAGGCUUAUGCAUACUGCACAUGCUACUCAUGGACAACACUUUAGGCACAUGCAUACUGCACAUGCUACUCAUGGACAACACUUUAGGCACAUGCAUACUGCACAUGCUACUCAUGGACAACACUUCAGGCUUAUGCAUACUGCACAUGCUACUCAUGGACAACACUUCAGGCUUAUGCAUACUGCACAUGCUACUCAUGGACAACACUUCAGGCUUAUGCAUACUGCACAUGCUACUCAUGGACAACACUUCAGGCUUAUGCAUACUGCACAUGCUACUCAUGGACGACACUUUAGGCACAUUCAUACUGCACAGGCUACUCUUGGACGACACUUCAGGCUUAUGCAUACUACACAUGCUACUCAUGGACGACACUUUAGGCACAUGCAUACUGCACAGACUACUCUUGGACAACACUUUAGGUACAUGCAUACUGCACAGACUACUCUUGGACGACACUUUAGGCACAUGCAUUAAGCCUAGUUUUCCCAGAGGAAGGCUCAUAUAAUUGAAGUGAGGUAAGCUCAGACAUUGUUGUGACAGUGUAGGUUGCUACCAGGCACAAUAAACAGGCAAACCCUUGUGCAUUAAGAUUCAUGCAUUUAACAUGUACAAAUGUUUCCUGACAGAUCAAGUCUGCAUAUCACAAUAAUGUGAGACAGCUUUGAAUUUCUUUGACCAAUAACUGUGAGCACCAGUAAAAGUAUUGUUGCCUGAUGUAUGUUACAUGCAGCAUUCUACCAAACCUUGGGUUGUUACGAUGGCAUUUAUUAUUACAAAUAACUCUUUCACUUUGUGACAUGUCAUGCAUUUUGUAAUUUAAACUGAAAUCACCAGAAUUGUCAUCUGUCCUAUCUGUCUCUUGAUACAAACCUGGCAUUUUACACUUUUCAACAUAAAACAUUAAAUUAAUUAUUUAACAGUACUAUCGCCAUUGUCUGUUUGUCCACUGUGGAAUAUGUAGUUGACUUUUCUGUGUCCAAACAUGUGUUGUGAGGUAUCAGUGCCUGUGACACAUUCUGGUGUUAUGCAUUUUAAAAUAAACUAAUUAGAUUUAUUUCAAAAGUAAAUCAAAAACAAUAUACAUCUUAUGAAUGAAAUCUGUAGACAAAACAUUAUUUUAGCAUGGUUUUGUAUAUUGAUUUUAAAUGAAACUUUGAAUGUGAAAUGGUAUUGAAAUAGUCCCAGUUUUUAAUAAUUUUAAAAAAUCGAAUAGAGGAAACAACUUAGACAAUUGAUAGUAAUAACACUAACAUGAUCUGAUGUUAAUGCUGAUACUUGUCAUCUAUUUACUUUGUGUUGUAUCUAUAUUUUAUUGUUAUACAUUAUUGUUGGUACUGCUGACAUUUUACAUGUGUAGAUUCAAAUUGUGUUGCUGAAUAUUUAAUCCUCUUACAUUUUGUACUCGGCAUUAGUCAAAAUGGUAAACUAUGCAUAUAAAUAUAUCAGCAUUCACAUUUACGUAGUUUUAAAUAUCAUUAUAGCUGCUGUGUAGUCUUUUAAUAGUUGUUAUUCCGUUGCAAUGAGAAAUGUGCAGUUGAACCACCAGCGACGCCUGCAAUGACAUUGUGAUAAUAUGUUAUAUUAGCAAUAAGAUCAACAAAUGUAUUAUGUAUACUCAAAUUCCCUUUGGAUAUAGCUUUUCCACUGAUAACUUAAUAUGUUUAAAUGUAUCUGUCCUAUACUUGGAAACUAUCCUAUGUGAUCCAAAAGUACAUUUCGCGCUACAUAACAACUGCUCAACUGCUAUGUAUUUAUUGUUUGAAUAAAAUAUGUGUUCACGUUAAACAUGUAAAGCAUAGGUUUUAUUUAUGAAAUUUAUAUUAAAUAUUUAUAGUUUAUUUAUUAACUUAUUAAUAAAUACAUAUAUAUUGAAAUAGUUUUAUAUAUUAUUAGUCAUAUUAAACAGUGCUUAAAUAAGUAUGUAUAGAUAUUAAAGUAUAAUAUUAUAUACACGAAAUACAUAGUAUUUUAUUGCUUUGUCUAUGAUCAGAUUGUUUAACUAUGCAGUUUUUGUUGGAACAUAUUCUUUUUAGUGUGAUAAUGUGCAUAUUGCACGUGACAUAGUGUAUAUUUAUAUUGUUAAUUAAUGCUGUGAUAUCCUUGAAAUGAAUGUUAAUGUUGGUCUUGCUACAGCCCUACCCGGUCUUGAUCCAGUGUUAGCCCAUUUAUGUCUAGUGGACUGUCCCAUCCUUCUAAAUUGGAUCAAUUUAUUUCCAAAAUUAGGGAUGUCAAGUAUAUUUAUUUCUAUAUUUAGAAUAUUACUUACUGAAAUUCCUUUAAGCAAACAGCGCAGACACAGAUGAGACGCCGCAUCAUCUGGGUCUGCGCUGUUUGCAAUGUCCUUUUUUCAGGACGCUAGGCAUGAAUGGGUUUUAAUGCAGUACUGUAACUGUAGCCUGAGAAAUUGAACUGUUUUACUUGUUUGUGCCAGGAUGUACAUUGGUUGUGUGUGUAGAACUGAAUACAUGUAACUCAAUAAAUGUUGAACUGUUGGUAAA